GUUGUUUUGCAUCGAGGAAAUUUUACCGGUAGUGAAAAUACGUUUCUACGAUUGUUUGAAUGUUUACAGGACGUUUGAAUAAUGUAAUUGAAUGGCGUAGUCGAUAAGUGUUAGUAACGCGUUUGGUCUAUUCAGCGCCGCCGUCGUUUGCACUGUUCAUUGUAGAAAUGGUGGUAUGCGUUGUUCAACUGUUCUAGCUCGAGUCGCCAUUGUUGAGUAGUAUCCUAUUUAAAAAAUCUUCACCUCUCGCAAUUUGUUUAUCUUAGAUAACACCGUUUUUGAAAAUCGAGUGCUUAUUUUAGCGAUUUAGGAGGAUAUUAUACUGUAAAAGUGAUGAGAAGUGGAAUUGAUUGAACACUGAAUGAAUGGGAUUGAGUACAGCCUCGGUGAGGCAUCCCCAUGUCAUGGUGAUGGCCCCGGCAUUAACGAAAACCACACAGUCGCAAAGUUUUAAAAUACCCCCCAGCAGCCCGACGACGCAACCCACAACCACCUUGCAUACAAACAGAGAUGUGCUUGACGUUUAUCAAUCUCUGGAGGGAGAUUCGUGCGAGAAAACUUCGAUUAACGAACUAGCAAAUGAUAACCUCAAUACCUUAGCUUUAGUUUCAGAAUUACUAAAAGGUAAUCGUACGACGUGUAAGGAUAGUGAUAUAAUGAGUAGUGCCCCCUUACAUAUGGGCGACCAAAAAGAUAAAAUGGGUCUACGAAAAGCUGGUAUAGAUAUUGUAUCUGCGAUGAUAAAAGAGAAAACUUCGGCGAGCGACGAUGAUCAGUUGAAUAAUUUCGAAACUGGGGACGGUACUGCCUGUGCGGAAAUCGGUCAGGACGAGUUCAUGCAAGUAAUUAAGUGUAUAGAAUCGAACAGUGAUAAGUUGGGGGCAUCUGCUAGUGAUCUUACUUCUGAAACGGAUUCUGUGUUUCCACUAUCAACGGACUUGACAAGUAAUUUAACAUCAUUUGAAAAGGAGCUUCUUAACGACGUUGAUGUGAUGAGUAUCAGCAUUGAAGAGCAAUUAACUGAUACAAAAGAGACCGGUGCGAAGGAGUUGUUAGCGAAUUUACAGAAAAAGCAUACCACCCUUCAAAGGAAGUUGGAAUACACCUUGAGAAGGUUGCGAAAAUUGCAGGCGAAACAAAUUGGACAGCAUGCCAGCGAGGAGAUCGCCGGUGUGUUCGAACACGUCCAUCGAACUAUGCGACGUAAGGAUAGUCCCCCGGGCGCCGGCGAGAUUUCGGAGAAAUUGAAACCUAUUUCGUUAAUGUCCGCCAAAAAUAUAAUAAAAAAGUUGGAGGUGUCGACAUCUCUUCAAGCGAAUGCGUUGGGACGACGGCACAUGUCUAGGUAUUUUGGUGCGGGUUCGGUCGAACCAAAUUCCUUCCGUACCGGUGUUGUCGGUGCGCUUGUGGUGCCUCAAUGGACUCCCGAACAUAAACUUGACAUGCAAAGAGUGACCGGGCAUUUGUGUGCGGAGGUGAAUUUGUUACAAAACGAACUCGAUUCGGAAGCUACCUUAAGCAGUUCGGGUGGGGAAAGCUCGGACGAGAUGCAGCCAUAUAGCAACCCACAUCAACAGUACCUUGCGAUACAAAAAAGAGCAGUAUGGAGGUUUGCAGUGGAGAGAGCGGCAAUUGCGUAUCGAUGGGAGUGGUUACACGCUCAAAUUACGGAGUUGGAAUAUCGUAUUCGACAGUACAGCGAUUUGCACAAGCAAAUUCGUUUGAACAAAGGCUCCGUAGUAUUAGGCGGCACCAGCCCCCCGCAUACUCCAUCGCUAUCGCCCACCGUUGUAAACGGCUAUCGUGGUCAACUACCGGGCGCCUCGCCGCUGUCUGUGAAAUCUCUUGAAACUGUCAAUGGAGCAGUCUCGUCAAACGAGCCGACAUCCUCCAGGUGUCGUCCUGUGGUUGGUUUUCGUAAGAGAAAAGUCUAUCAAACCCACGGUCUGCACGUCGUUUCAAGAAAAGCGGCAAGAUCGUCGACCAUACGGUGCGGGUGUGUGCCACCGUGUUCACAAUGUGGGUUGUGUACUGGCCGAACAGAUCCCACAUAUCCGAGAGAUAUUACUGAUCACCUUAGUAAAUCGGAACGAAUAUCAUUACUAGAUCCGUCAUUUCAUCCAGUGUUUUCAUUACCGGAAGAUGCAUCCACAGCAAUUCAUCUUGAAGCAAUAAUGAAAACUUCCGAAUGGCAACACAGAAGUACAAGGCCUAAUGUGAAAUCCGUGAAAUUUAUUUCAAAAGGCGAUCGAUCUGAAAAGCCAAAUGUUCCAUUAGAUCAUCAACCAAAGAGAUUACCUGACCAACGACGUAAAUAUAAUAGACUAAUUAAAUCCAGUACCAUGAAUGCACUUUCGAAUAAAAUUAAGAGUAAAUUACGGGGACGUAAACCAAAUCUACAUUCUUUUACAAGACUAAAAAGAAAGAGACAUUCGAACAAAUUAAGUUUGCCCCAUCUGCCGUCAUCUGCGCUUGAGAGUAGUAAUGAUGAAAUAGAUCAGAUUGGAAAUACGUCUAGUAGUUAUAAGUUAGAUUCUCGAAGUUCCUCACCUUUACUUUCGACACAGCCCGUUGGUAGUUAUAAACGUGGAAGUCGUGUCAGCUCAUACGACAUAGAUAACAUUGUAAUACCGUACAGUGUGGCUGCUUCGACGAGGGUGGAGAAGUUGCAGUAUAAAGAAAUUUUGACACCCAAAUGGAGAAUUAUUGACCCUGAAUUUGCUACAAAAUAUUUCAAUAAGAACAAUGGAUUGGUUAGGGAACCUGAUCAGGAUAGUGAUACUGAGGACUUCUCAGAAGAGGCGGUGAUGGUUAGGCACGACAAAUGCGAAUAUGAUGAAAAAAAGAAAUUUUUAAGUUACUUAAAGUUUCCUUACGGUUCUGCUAGAGCACGUGCACAUAAAAGAACGGACAGUCGCGCCGAAUCUAGCGGCUGUAACACGCCCGAUCCAAUGUCACCUCAUAUGGGCGGAGAAGCUAUAGAAAAUACAACGUCGCCGUUAACAUCUCCACCUGCCACACCUCUAUCCAUGAAUGUCGAAGAUAGUUCUUCAUUGCCAUCAAUUAGUGCAUUACGUAGGCGUACAAUCUCAGUGUCGCGUGGUAAAGAUAAAGAUAAUACGAUGAGGGAAGAAUAUUGUUCCGCAUCACCAGAGCACGUCGAAGUUAUUCCGUACGAACAGAGAGUUUUCCCGCUUAGUGACGACACUUAUGACAAAAUGUUAAAGUUGAUGCCCGAACACCAUCAAUUUAAAACAAAUAUUAGAGCGCAAGAUUAUAGCAGUCCUACAAAUUACUUAAAUGAAGCUCCAGAUUCUCCGAAUAGUGAAUCAACCGAAUCUGCGUUCGGCGAUGAGGACCCAAAUGAUCCGGAAUGGAUGGACUUGGAAAUUAACAGGGAUAGUUAUAGAAGAUAAGAUUUCAACAUUGUAGUCGCUUUGUAUUAAUUUAUUUUUGGGCUGGCUCCAGCAGAUUAAGCAACUGUUACUUUUAGCUUAAUCAAAUUAAGAGACACUUAGCUUGGGAUUUUGUAUUAAAGUGCAAGUCUGUGAUGUCAUUUAGAAAUGAAGUUAUUUCAAUACUGUUGUUUUCUUUUUUUACGGUAUUGUUUGAAUUUAAUGCACCAGGAAUACAGAAUUCGAAGCUUUGCAAUCAUGAGCUUUUUGUUAAACUAUUUGAGCAAUUGAUGCAGUAUAAAAGUUUAUCCGUCAUAAAAUUGGUUACGGUAAGUAAUUAAGGAACUUUUGCUUCAUGCAAUGUUGUCCGAUAUUCUCAAUCUUUAGAACUUGCUGUACUUAAUGAUAUGUAGCUAAAAUGUAUGCAACUAAUCAGACAGGCCACGUUUUAAAAUUAUCAAUUUGGAUUACAAAAUUAUAUCUUGCGGAGUAAUACAAUUUGUUAAAUUCCAUUAUUCCUUAUCUCUCUCUGCUUUGGACACCAUUUCGUUAAGUUAUUUAAACCUUUGAAGGAGUCAUUUACUAUACGUCUUGACCUUCUGCAUUUUUGUGGACUAAGUUUUUGAUAAACUUUAUUGUUUCUCUUUGUAAAUAUAUAUUUAGUUUAAUUUAAAAAAGUACCUACACUGUAUUUAAUUAUUUGUAUAUUGACAAUUUUAUUACGCGUGUAAGAAGAUUCAUUUUGUAUAUGUAUUUAUGUGCAUAAGGUAGGCUAACUGAUCUGAUGCACAUUUCAAAUAAAUUCUAUAAAAUUGUUAUCAGAUAUUUUCAAUAACUUAAUGUACUCUUUAUAAGAGUGUAGACUGUAACGUUGUAUAAAUUAAAAUAAUUAAAGGUAUUGUAGCAAGUUGUGUACUGAAGACAUCAUGCUGGUUUUUUAAAAUAUUCCCAUCUCGACAGCCGUACAUGCCUUAAACUACUGUGUAACUAUUUUGUAGUAAACAAAAAAAUGUAUCCUUUGUAAAGUAUUAAAGUUCCACUUAUCCAAAGAGA